AUGGAAAGCAAGGGUUGUGAAGAUAGAUUCAUUCUACACUGGCUUGAUGAUUCAAGAACACACCGAAUUCUUUGGUUACUAGAAAUACUUCAACUUGAUUAUGAAGUGAAAAUAUACCUAAGGCAUCCAGAAACUUGGCGUGGACCUUUACAAUUAUUUGAUGUUCAUCAACUAGGCAAAGCCCCGAUCUUGGAAAUCUUUUUUGGUGACGGGAGACCCCCAAUCAAAAUAACCGAGCUGGGAUUCAUAAUUCAAUAUUUGUUGCGGGUUUACGAUAAAGAGAAUAUUUUAAAUCCGAUAAGCCAGGAGCAACAACUAGAAGUUGACUACUAUUUACACUAUGCAGAAGGUUCAUUGCAACAUAUCCAAAUGGCGUUAUUGAUUAAUUCUGUGGCUAAACAUGUUGCGCCAUUUGCAACAAAAGCAGUGGUGAAAUUAAUCACCAAAGCAAUUAAUAAUGGAUACUAUAAGCAUGAAUGGUAUUUGAAUUUCCAAUACUUGGAAGAUAGACUAGCACAAAAUGGAACUGGAUUUUUUGUUGGAAACAAAUUGACUGGGGCAGAUGUGAUUCUAAGUUUCCCAGUUUAUGAAAAUGUUUUUGAUAAUCCUGGUGGUGUUCGAGAAAUAUGUGGAGAAAAGAGAGAUUUGCGCAAAGUUUAUCCCCAUUUAGCAAAAUGGAGUCGAAUGAUUAAAAAUAACCCAACUUAUAAACGGGUAACAGAGAUGAUGAACGAAGAAGUUGAAGAUUUGAUUGCCAAGAAUCCACGAUUUGAUUACGGGAAGGAGAAAUAA